AUGAACUUGGCCGGAUUCAAGAAGGAUGCUGCCGGUGCGAGCGCCGCGUGGUCCGGUUUAUAUAUCCUACUUGCUGGGAGAAGGAAGCAAGAGUUUAGGAAGAAAUGGAGUGCUCGAGGCAUGGUGAGAGGUGCUGCUAUUGGCGUUGGUCUGGCGAAUCUGGUUGGCGGAGGAAUGGCUUAUGUUCUUGGGACACGAGAAGAUGAAGAGUAA